AUGCCCAGCACCUUUAUACCCCAUCAUCUAGUUCACGCUCAUCUUCCCUCACCUCCUUCAGUGCCCAAUGCCAUCCCGGAACUUCGCAUCGUCUCUGAUCAGGCUAUUCCUCUGACCGAUGAGGACUAUGCCGAACCCCUUCAUCCUGAUCACGCCGUUUCGGUGAUACAUGACCAGUCAACCAAUAUCCUAGCGAGAAGCAUUUACAACGGCCAUGUACUUGAAAUGAGAUCACUCAACCCUGUCAUUGGUCAGGCAAGACCUAGAGGAUUAGAUGGAUCAGAGAUAUUGAGGAUAUUCUUCCCUGAACAAUUACGACCUCUAGCUCAAGGAAGUAUCACUAUCUCUCGGAAGGAUAAAAGAUUAUUUAUCACAUUGGUGUCACAAGUGAAUAUCGUAUAUAGACUGAAUUUCCCACUUGGAACGUUCAGACCUGACACUGAAGAUCGAUUUGUCUUCACCACUAAGGGACAGGAUGAUUGGUAUGAAGAAUGGGAAGUACCUGAAGACGUUAUUGUAGCUUGUAAUGGUACAGGAGCAUGGACAGCUUUAGAUGAAAAUACAAUUAUCCUAGGAGGUGGAGAUGGUGGUAUUGUCAAAAUACAUAGAUCUGGUCAUUGGUCUCCAGAUUCUGGACAUUGGACAGCAUCACAUCAUCGAGCUUCAUCCAGACUCCGUUUACCUUCCUUAUUUUCACGUUCUGCAAAUACAGAUGAACAGAUCAUCUCUUUUGCUGACUUCAACAAAUCAGAUCAUAUCCCUUUACUUUACACUCUUUCUCGCGAUCGAAAACUGCGAACAUGGAAUGCUUCUACCGGUGCUUGUUUGAGAACAGUAGAUGUUAGAACAGCUUCGCAAGAAAUGGCUGUAAGAGGGUCUCAAGAAGCUUCCAGUUCAUCUAUAACAGAAGAUGGUUCAGUCAAUAUGAUACGAGUAAUACCUCACCCAUCAAAUUCAUCCCGUUAUUCUCAUUUGGUAAUAGCUUUCGAAUCGACACCAUACAGCAUUUCGUCGGCAGGUUCAUUCGUAAUAUAUCGAGCGACAACAUCAAGUCACAACGUUAGUGAUCUUGCUUUAGUGGGGAACAGAUCAUGCUCGUCUUCAUCUGUCGGUGCUGAAUUAAGAGGAUUUGAAAUCCUUCCGCCUGUCAAAUCAGAUGGUAUAGAUAGUGGGUGGAGGUUAUGGGCCAUAUGGGAUAAGAAAGGUUCGACAUUCUGCGAAAACAUUAUCAUGGACGAUGUCUUCCAGUUCACCACGUAUAUCGGAACAAAUGAUGCGCAAAUACUAUCUGACUGGCAACAAGCAACCUUCAGUAACGGUGUAGAAAAUUUCGACGCAGCAUAUUUCGACAACAUCCUUAGCUCAGAUCCACCGAAUCCUGCUGAUCCCGAAGAUAAUGGCGAUAUACCUGCAGCAUUCAUUCAGCAUCUCUUCCAUCCCGGUCGAUUCUCCCUUCUCACCCUCACUACUGCUCUGGACGAUUAUAUCCAUCAGCUUUCGAGGAAGAAUCAAGCACAACAAGUGGCAACUUCAUAUGCUUCUCUCUCGAAACGUUUUGGUGGUGUGGUUGGAAGUCAAGUUGAAAUGGAGUUUAGUCCGCAAACAGGUGCCCCGGUCGUAGAUGUGUAUAGAAAGAACCUCAAGUUGGAUUGGCUUGGAGUUUGGGCUAACGUUAGGGAUCUUGAUAAACAAGCACGAUGGCCUGUCGGUGCCACUCUUCUCAAUGACGAUAUACUCGUCCUGGCUCGAGAGGGUAUUUCAGCACCUAUACCUGAUGAUGCAGUCGGACUGGUUGAUCGACUCGGCAAGUCUGACGCUGACCCAAAUCAAUUCCUUCAAUUGAGUGAAGGUGCUAUACGGAAAUUGUACCCAACUCUCGCUCCUCCAAAAGCCCGAGCUUCAGCUAUCGCGAUCUCCAUGUCCGGGACCUACAUCAGCAAUGUUCUCAAAGGUCAUGACGCGGCAGAAGGUACCGGCACUGCCUUAGACGAUUUCCUCCAUGUUACUGCGGAGAGGCUGGCUACCAACACGCAUGAGCCACCCGAAGUCAUUGCUGGAGGUAUCUGGGAUGACCACGUGGAGGAGCUACUAAGUGAGGAGGAUCGUGCUUCCGUCAGACGUAUCUUAUCCGAGAGUGCCUCGACAACUAGAGCAUUGAAUGAAUCCCUCGAACUCCUCGAACAACCGUCAUUCCCUAUAACAUCGCCUAAGCUUGGAGAACUGAAAUGGUCUGGAUCAGGGAAUGCUCUUCUCACCGCAACCAUAGACCAAAACAUAGAGUAUAGAUUCUCACUUUCGCGCAAUGUCCUUCUGAUCUCCUUCUUCCAUUUGUUCGAGUCCCGAGAUCCUUCAUACGAAGAUGACGAAGGUGAAGAGCUCAUCGAAAUUCUUGCACGAGCGAUGGCCACUUUUCACCGUUAUAAAGUAUUGAAAUGGGUGGCAGAUCAAACGGGGGAAGAAGCUAGGGAAAGAAACAAACUUCGACGCACAAAUAAACGGAAAGUAAAUGGUGGAGAUGACGUCUUGGCUGAAGGUUUAGGAAGUUUGAAAAUGCGGGAAGGCGAUGAAGACUUUGGAUUGGAUUCAGAUGCCUUUGACGUGGGAUAUUCUCUUCUUCAUUCUUUACUCGCAAGACAAUCACCUCAACCAGUGACGACCGGUACAUUGAAUCGACUACUGGAAACUGCCAUUGGAUUCGUAUCCGAAAUCGAUCUUAUAUCACCCGGACAAACAGACGUAGGCGCUCAAAUGUCUGAUAUCCAACUUGCCUACAGAAUACUGGUAGAUGGACAUGCUCAACUCGCUGGAGCGUUCACGGACUUGUACCCUCUAUCAUCCGGAAUCUCAUAUGUAAAAGGAAGAGCCUAUCUGGAAUGUGGUAUGAUAGAAGAAGCGGUGAAAUAUCUGGAAAAAGCUGCCGCCGGUUGCAAAGAUGGAUCUCUUGAACCUAUACUAGCUUCGACUUCAGGAUCCAACGGAUUGAGCGAAUACUACCGUCACAUCUGCCGAGUUUUCGAUGAGCAAGGUGCAGAUCAGCCUGUAGUAUACUUUGGUCAGCUAGCCAUACAGUCAAAUAGAGGCGACAUCGCUUCGACCAAAGACUUGUGGACAAAAGUAUUCCUUGCCAGUAUCGCUCUCGGAAGGUACGAGGAUGCGUACUCUAUACUGACAAGUCUCCCAUUUAUGGAUCUCAAACGAGACUUCCUCGGCCAACUCAUUUCGGUUAUGUGCGAGAAUAAUGAAGUUGGAAGGCUUAAUUCUUUGGGCUUCAUUGGAUUCCAGAAAGACGUGGAGGAAAUGCUUCGAUUUAAAGCUAGAAACUCGGAUCCGCUCCGAUUCCCUAAUUAUUACAAAGUGCUAUAUUCGUGGCAUAUUGCUAGAGGAGAUUAUCGGAGUGCCGGCGAGAUCAUGUAUUUGCAAGGUAGACGAUUUUCAGAAGGCAGUAGCUCGAAAAUACCAGCAUUUGAAUUAUCUGCUAUGCAAGCUCGGAGUUAUCUUGCCGCUAUAAACGCUCUCUCGUUAGUAGAAAAACGCAAUGCCUGGGUAUCUGUACCAGGUGCACCAAGUAAAGCGUUAAGAGGUAUCAAGCGAAGAAAGGUUUCGUCUUAUAUCCCGGAAGAAAAAUUCACCAAAGAGAAAAGACCAGUCGAUAUCAUUUCACUGGCUGAUAUCGAAAUGGAGUAUACUCUUGUCCUGUCGCAAUUGAAGUUGUCCAGUCACAUCCCUAACUUGCAUGAACAUGGUAUCACUGUCUCUCCGGAAGAAGUAGUUGGACUUUUCAUUCAGAGAGGGAUGUUCGAUAUUGCCCAAUCAGCAGCGGCAUCACUGCAAGUGGACAUGACAGAUCUCUUUCAAGCUCUAGCAGGUAGAUGUGUUGAAUUAUCCCGCUUAUCAGCACAUAACGGUGAUUUCUCCGCUGCUACUUUCCUCCAAUCAUCACCGAUCACUGCGAGACUUCGAGGUUCACCCUCCGCAUUAUCUAUGAAAUACCUACAAUCGGCAUUAAAUCGGCACGAUUCCGCCAAAACGAAUUGGAAAUAUAGACAAGUGGUGGCAGAUACGUUAUUUGAGAUGAACAAGGAUAAGAAGAAAGGAUGGCAAAUGCCAGUUUGGUUGUCACAGUGGGAAAUGGAUAGAGAUCCGGAAUUAUGGAUUGGAAAAGCCUUGAAAUUCGGUUGGAUAGAAGAAGCAUUAUCAUGGACAAUAGACUUGUUGCGAAAAGCCACACCACCUGAAUUACUUCCACCUGGCAAAUCAGACUCAACAUACAUACCGUACAACCUUAUUGAUAGAGUAUUAGCAGCGGCACAAGAAGGAGAUGAAAAGGAGGAGAAGAAUGUACAACAAAAGGCUAAGGUCGUAGAGGAAGAAACACAAAGACGACUGCAAGCAUUAAAAGGGAUUAAGGGAUAG